AUGUCCACCGUUGUUAUCACAGGCGGCCCUCAGGGUGGAGUCGCCAACCGCGUCAAUGUCCAUGAUUUUGUGAAGAAUCAGUGGCAGUUCUCUCUGUACAUACAGGCGCUAGCUAGGAUGGCGGUGAUGAACCAGGACGAUUCUGUAUCGUUCUUCCAGAUCGGAGGCAUUCAUGGGCAGCCUUAUAUCAGGUGGAGUGGCGAGGGUAAAGGUGUCGGUGUCGGUAAAGAUGUCGCAGACGACGGGGGGUUCAAAGGUUAUUGCACUCACGGCUCCGUACUCUUCCCCACCUGGCAUAGGCCAUAUGUUUCGCUCUUCGAGCAAGAACUCCAGAGUCAUGCACUCGAGAUAGCGAAACUAUACACCGUCGACAAAGACCGAUGGAUCGCUGAGGCCACUCAAUUCCGUGUCCCUUACUGGGACUGGGCGUCGCAGGCAGUUCCGCCUGAUGAGGUCAUCCGUCAACAGCAGGUCGCUAUCAUAACGCCGGACUCGAACGGGAAGAAGGUCAACUUUCCGAACUCUUUCUUGCAAUAUACAUUCCACCCCGUCGAUCCUAGCUUCGAGAAACCUUUCGCGACGUGGCGCACGACGUUACGCCACCCAAAGCCUGUCAACUCACCGAACGCAAAGAGCGAUGUCGACGAGCUCAUUACGUUCUUGAAAGCGGACCACGAGAACAUCAAGGAGAGGGUCCAUUACACGCUUACCUACGUGGAUAAGUGGGAGUCCUUCAGCCACCACAGCAACAGCGGAGAUGAUAGUACCACUGGCAACAGUCUUGAGGCCAUUCACGACAGAAUUCAUAAUCUAGUUGGCGGUGCGGGCCAUAUGGGCGACACGGCUGUAGCUGGGUUCGAUCCCAUUUUCUGGCUUCACCAUGCGAAUGUCGAUCGCUUGCUGCAGCUUUGGUCCUCCCGUCACCCCGGAGUCUGGGUCACAGAGGGCCGUGAUCAGGAAGGAAGCAUAACCAUUCCUCCCAACACCGUCGUUAACGACAAAACCGAGCUCACCCCGCUCAUCCAGACCAGUAGUGGAGCCGUUUCGAACUACUGGGUUUCAGCCAACACCCAGAGUACCAAUGUCCUCAACUAUUCAUAUCCCGAAUACGACAAUCUCGACCUCGCUAAUCCCAACGCCGUGAAAGACGCCAUCUCCGCGAUCACGGACAAACUCUACGGAAAUUCAGACCAAAAUCUCACCAUCCGGUCGCUCUCCACCAACGUUACCGACCCGGAGAACGGCGGCUACUACGACUGGACCGCCCGCGUCAACGUCAAGCAAUACGCCGUCGGAGCCUCAUUCUCUGUCCUGCUUUUCCUGGGCGGUGUUCACCAUGACCCGAUGUCGUGGCAGAGUGGUGGCUGCGAGACAUUCGCAGGCGCCGUUGACGCGUUCGUCAAUUCCUCCGCGGAACAGUGCGCUAACUGUAGGAACCAGCGCGAGGAUGAGCUGGUUAUCGAAGGGUUCGUGCAUUUGAAUCGCGCGAUCGCGAGGCUGGCGCCGAAUUUGGAGGGUUUGCACCCGGAUGUUGUGAAGCCUUGGUUGCAGGAGAACUUGACGUGGCGAGUGCAGAAGGUUGAUGGCACAACGGUGGACGUAGCGACUAUCCCUUCGCUCCAGGUGACGGUUUCCGCGACACCACUCAUCCUUCAACCCGGAAUGGACUUUCCUCAGAGGGGUACAGUGCGUUGGCACCCUGAAAUUACGUCUGGUCAACCCGGAGGAGCGAACUAAAGCAUCCCAGUCCAGUCAGCUCGCAAUGAAGGCCUUGCCCGUGUACGAUAUGGCGCAUUCCCUUAUUUCGUCUCGCUUUGCCGAUCAAUAUCUGCAGUUACUGAAUCCUCAGAAACCCCGUCAUCCGAUAUCCC